CAAAUGCCGCACCACAAAGCAAACAAUCCGUUAAGAAUCUUACUUCUCAGAUAAAGGAUAUGGCUCUCAAGGCGUCAGGGGCGUAUAAGAACUGUAAUUCGUGUACAAGUCAGCCGACUUUGAGUCAGAACGCGAGCGGGAAUGGUGCGGCGGACCUGGCCGCGCCGGACAAGUUCCGGUGGUCGUACCGGCGGACGGGAAGCUUCAGCUCUAACUCAACGUCGGGAAGAAAGGAAUUGGAGGCCAGGCUGAAGGGCAUAUCGAGCGGAGAGGUGACGCCGACGUCUAUAUCGGCGUCGGCAAGUGGCCGGCGAGCUGACCCUGUGGUGCUCGUGGAGGAGAAGGAGCCCAAGGAGUGGGUGGCGCAGGUGGAACCCGGCGUUUUAAUCACCUUCGUUUCCCUGCCACGUGGCGGCAAUGAUCUCAAGAGGAUACGUUUCAGUCGAGAAAUAUUUAACAAGAAUCAAGCUCAACAGUGGUGGACGGAGAACUAUGAUAAAGUAAUGGAGCUCUAUAAUGUGAAGAAGUUAAACCGCCAAGCAUUCCCUUUACCAACACAACCUAGAACCAUUAAAGAUAAAGAACAGAAUUUAAAUAUUGAAGCAUUGGGGCGAGGGGGAAACACUCUCGUACAGCCAUUGCCGCUGCAUGAUAAGGAGCGUAGCGCGCCCCUCGUGUACUUAGAGCAGCAACAUUCAACAACGCAUAGCUAUGACGGUGCCAAGACGGAGACCUCGUCGAUGACGACCACCAGCCUGUCUCGAGAUGAGGAGGAGUUCUCCAUAAGCAAUGCCAGUGAUCUUGAGAACGAAUGGGUGGAGCAAGAUGAAGGUGGUGUUUACAUCACCAUCAGAGCUUUGCCAAGUGGAAGGCGAGAACUCAAACGCGUUAGAUUCAGCCGUGAAAAAUUUGGCGAGAUGCACGCCAGAGUAUGGUGGGAGGAGAACAGAGCUAGGAUUCAUAGGCAAUACUUAUGAAGAAACACAAGUUGAUACUUAUAUAUACAUAUGUAUACCGGCCAUUUCUGGCAUUGCCCUUUGUUUUUUUGCAACAACAAUAGAUCGAAUCCAGAUCAAGUAAGCAAUUCAUCUUAUGCACGUGGGAAUGUUGUCUUACAAUGUUUUCUAAAUACGUAGUAUAUAUUUUCCAUGUGACCAUAUAAUACAAUGGGUGAAUUGAGAGAGCAUUCAUACAUAGUGCUUCAAGUCUACCACUACAAGGUAUAUACGCGAGUUCACAUAUAACAAGGAAAUUCCUUAAUAUCAUCAUCAUCAUAAGGAGAAAGUAUAAUUUUGGUCCCU